AAACUAGAUGAAAGCAAAGUAGGACUUCCUUGUCUCUUCUGUAAUCCCAACAUCGGAAGGCAAUUGGUCUAAAUUCGUCCAGAUGAGACGUGAUCCGCAGGACUAUUGCGUGACGCUGCUGUCAAUCCAGUAUGGGGCGGUGGAUGUGGAUGUGCGCACGUCCGACACCGGAGGAGAAGUUGAUCGGCGGAGCUUUUUAUCCUCUCCAGCUUGCUUUAGAUUGCUCUUACCUCACCCGAGAUUUAGAGGCAUUGCUCUGUUUGCAAAGACACCUGUGCAAUGAUGCCGGACAGCAAAAAAUUCAUCGAGAACCUCUCUGGAGCGGGGAAGUGCAUCGGCGUCCUGACAAGUGGUGGAGAUGCUCAAGGUAUGAAUGCUGCUGUGAGGGCAGUGGUCAGAAUGGGAAUCUACGUGGGAGCAAAAGUUUAUUUCAUCCAUGAGGGCUACCAGGGCAUGGUGGAUGGAGGUGACAACAUCAAAGAGGCAUCAUGGGAAAGUGUUUCCAGUAUGUUACAAGUGGGUGGUACUGUGAUUGGCAGCGCUCGCUGUAAGGAUUUUCGUACCCACGAGGGCCGUUUGCGUGCUGCUCUGAACCUGGUGCAGCGUGGCAUCACUAACUUGUGUGUGAUUGGUGGAGAUGGCAGUUUGACCGGGGCUAAUCUCUUCAGGGAGGAGUGGAGUGGACUCUUGGAUGAGCUUGUCCAAUCUGGUCAAAUCAGUGAAGAGGCUGCCCUAACUCAUUCUGCGUUGCAUAUCGUUGGGAUGGUGGGAUCUAUAGACAAUGAUUUCUGUGGGACAGAUAUGACCAUUGGCACUGACUCAGCACUGCACAGGAUCAUAGAGGUGGUGGACGCCAUAAUGACCACGGCACAAAGCCAUCAGAGGACCUUUGUGCUGGAGGUCAUGGGAAGACACUGCGGGUAUCUAGCAUUAGUCAGUGCUCUUGCGUGUGGAGCUGACUGGGUGCUGAUUCCAGAAAUGCCUCCCAAGGAUGGCUGGGAGGAACAGAUGUGUCAUAAACUAUCAGAGAAUCGUGCUGAUAAGAAACGGCUUAAUAUCAUCAUAGUAGCUGAAGGUGCAAUAGACCAAAACAACAAGUCCAUAACCACAGAACUUAUAAAGGACCUGGUGGUGCGCUGUUUGGGCUUUGACACGCGGGUCACCAUUCUGGGUCACGUCCAGAGAGGAGGAACCCCCUCUGCCUUCGACCGGAUUUUGGCGAGUCGUAUGGGAGUGGAAGCCGUGUUGGCCCUGUUAGAAGCGUCUCCUGGUACUCCAGCAUGUGUGGUGUCUCUGUGUGGGAACCAGGCUGUCAGGCUUCCUCUGAUGGAGUGCGUUCAGAUGACACAGGAGGUUCAGAAGGCCAUGGAUGAAAAGCGGUUUGAAGAAGCUGUAAAGCUGCGUGGCAGAAGUUUCGAAAACAACCUGAACACUUACAAACUCCUGUCCCAUCGCAAAAUGGAUGCUGAACAUCCACAUAGCUCAUUUAAUGUGGCUGUGUUGAAUGUUGGCGCUCCUGCAGCUGGCAUGAAUGCAGCCGUGCGUUCGGCCAUCAGGGUCGGGAUCACCGAAGGCCACACUAUGUUUGCUGUAAAUGAUGGAUUUGAGGGCUUCUCUAAGGGACAGAUAAAAGAAAUCAAGUGGGGUGAUGUUGGGGGCUGGACAGGCCAGGGCGGGUCCCUGCUAGGAACAAAAAGAACUCUCCCAGCAAAACAUACUGAUAAAAUUGCAGAACAGAUGAAGAUUCACAACAUUAACGCUUUACUGGUUAUUGGAGGUUUUGAGGCAUAUUUGGGGCUGUUGGAGCUGCAAGCAGCUCGUUCCAAACACGCAGAGCUUUGUGUUCCCAUGGUGAUGGUCCCGGCCACUGUGUCCAACAAUAUCCCCGGCUCAGACCUGAGUAUCGGGGCAGACACGGCCCUCAACGCCAUCACGGACGCCUUUGAGAGUUUGCUGCAGCUGGUCGAUGCCCGCAGCAGGUAUGAGGAGUUCUGCGUGCCCAUGUGCAUGCUGCCCGCCACCAUCAGUAAUAAUGUGUCCGGCACUGACCUCAGCAUUGGCGCCGACACCUCCCUCAAUGCCAUAGUGGAGACGUGUGAUCGUAUAAAGCAGUCGGCCAGCGGAACCAAGCGUCGUGUGUUCAUCAUUGAGACGAUGGGCGGUUACUGUGGUUACCUGGCGACGGUGGGCGGCUUGGCGGCCGGAGCGGAUGCAGCCUACAUCUAUGAAGAGCCGUUUGACAUCCGAGACCUACAGUCUAACGUUGAACAUUUAACUGAGAAGAUGAAGACCAGCAUCCAGAGAGGUUUAGUGCUCAGGAAUGAGAACUGCAGUGAGAACUACACCACUGACUUCAUCUACCAGCUGUACAGUGAAGAGGGCAAAGGAGUCUUUGACUGCAGGAAGAACGUCCUGGGACACAUGCAGCAGGGUGGUGCUCCUUCCCCGUUUGACAGGAACUUUGGCACCAAGAUCGCAGCUAAAGCCAUGCAGUGGAUCUCCAAGAAGCUCAAGGAGUUUUACAGAGAAGGCCGUGUGUUUGCGAACUCGGAGGAUUCUGCGUGUUUGUUGGGGAUGCGGCGCAGGGCCCUGGUCUUCCAGCCCGUCGUACAGCUCAAGGAUGAGACCGAUUUUGUUCACAGGAUCCCGAAGGAACAGUGGUGGCUCCGACUGCGUCCACUCAUGAAGAUUCUGGCCAAGUACAAAACCAGCUACGACGUGUCUGAUUCAGGCCAGCUUGAACACAUCGUCCGUCUGAGAGCUAAAGACAUCUCUGCCAUUUAAAAGCAGCAGCAGCCACAUGUAAAACCAAGUUGUCUUGCUAGUGAAAAUGUAUUUAUUGAAGGUGAAGACCUGUGAUUCCAGUCUUGACAUGAACACAUAAUCAUAUACAGUAAUGUAAAGCAGUUCACAUUAAACUCUAACCAUAGACGUACAGCCACGAGAUCCUUCAGCAUAGUAGCUCAUUGUUGUGAUUGACAAUCCAUACGCUCAAGCGAUUAGUUGAUCAUCCCUUUUAAAUGGGGCCAAGUGGUAUAUUUUGUGAAUAUGCAAGAUUUCCAUAUUUAUUUAUAUUCUAAUAGAGCUUAUUUUCAGUGAGUAUGGAGCUAUGUGUAUGAAUUCUUUACUGGCGUACAGUGAUGCAAUUUCACAACUGCACCUUUGUUUUCGUUGAAUUUGAGUCUGAAGUAAUCUUCCAAGCUGCUAUUGUGUAUUGUUAGUGCAGGCACAUUGUACUAAAGCAUACGUGGUGUUAGUGUGUGUUUGUCAUGAUGUAAGUGUGUGUAUAAACUAACAAUGUUGCAUAAACUCCCUUUAGAAUGUAAUCGGUGUAUUUUGUUUCAUUUAUUAACCCUUGUGCAUCUAUUUAAAAAAGUUACUAUGAGGUCAAAAAAAAAAAAAAAAAAGUCAUUAAAAUUUGAAACUUGGGAGUACAAGUUUAGUCUCAUUUUAAAGACCCUUGGCAGAUUAUUGUUUAAGUAAAAAAGUUAAGAAAUGAAACAAAAAAGUUUUGAUUGAUUCAAAUGAUUCACAGUACAGUAGAAUUUCUCGCUCACACAAUGUUUUAGUACACGCAUACAAGCCACAUUCUGACAUCCAUUCUUAUCCAAAUGGCUCUAUGAUAAAGCAAAAGCAGAAAACAGGAAAAGAGCAAGUAUUUACUAUGGUAAAAUAAAUAAAUAAAUAAAUUUUGAAGCCUUGCCAACAGAAUGAAAACUAUUAAUCAAAGAUGGCAUGAUUGUCUAGUUAAAUGGCCCUAGGACCAAAAAAAAAAAGUUUCCAUUUAGACGUUUUUGUCCUUAAAGUCCUGAGUGUAAGUAUUUUGUAUACUUGCACUCAGGAUCUAGUGUAAAAUAGAUUUAUUAAAGGAAAUAAGGGGGAUAAAAAUGCACACUUGAGCCAAAAACGUAUUUCUGUUGACAUUAACACUAAAUUAUUAAAAAAAUAAAUAAAUAAAAAAUAUA